AUGGCUAUGCUGCAAAAUUUUGAAGCUUCUUCUAUUGUGGUGUCUCCGAAAAAAUUUGACGUUUUUAUUAGUUUUCGUGGUGAGGGCACUCGUAGAAACUUCACAGGCCAUCUCUACGAUGCUCUGAGCAAGAAGGUUAUAAUAUUUAUGGACGACGGUGAUCUUGAAAAAGGAGAUGAGAUAUCAUCAUCACUAAUCAAAGCCAUUGAGGAGUCAUACACAUCUAUAGUCAUCUUUUCAAAAGAUUAUGCUUCUUCAAAAUGGUGCUUGAAUGAACUCGUCAAAAUUCUAGAAUGCAAAAAAGAUUUGGGACAAAUUGUGAUACCUGUUUUCUUCGGAAUAAAUCCAUCGGAUGUUAGAUUUCAGCUUGGGAGUUUUGGGGAAGCUUUUCUAAAACACGAACAAGAUUUGCAACUUAGUAGAAGCAACUUGCACAAAUGGAAAGAUGUUCUAACUGGGCAAACUUUUAUAAAACGGGAGCAAGAUUUAGAGCAUAGUAAAGACAAGUUGCAAAAAUGGAAAGACGCUCUUUUUGAAGUAGCCAACUUAGCUGGUUCGGACUAUCGAAAUUGCAGGCAAGUAAAAUAA